AUGUUACAGUUCAAGCUUGUUUUAUUAGGAGAUUCAUCGGUUGGGAAAUCUUCAAUUGUUCACAGAUUUGUUAAAGAUUCGUUUGAUGAAUUUAGAGAAAGUACUAUUGGAGCAGCUUUCCUUUCACAAUCUAUUAAACUUGAUGAGGAUGAUACAGUGAUAAAGUUUGAGAUAUGGGAUACCGCUGGUCAGGAACGUUAUAAAUCUUUGGCACCUAUGUACUAUAGAAAUGCCAAUGCGGCUUUGGUCGUUUAUGAUAUUACAGCGUCUGACUCAUUAUCAAAGGCACAGAGUUGGGUUGAAGAGUUGAAGAACAAAGUUGCAGAUGAUAAAUUAGUGAUUUGUUUGGUUGGUAAUAAAUUAGAUUUGUGCCAAGAAGAUUCAGGGAAGAGAAGCGUUGAAAUUUCAGAUGCUAAGCAAUAUGCUGAUGAACAAGGAUUAUUAUUUUUUGAAGUAAGUGCUAAAACAGGUGAAAAAGUUAAUGAUGUUUUCAAAAGCAUUGGAGAGUCCCUAUAUAGUUAUAAAAAGGAGGAACUCUUAUCCAAAUCAGAACAAAAUGGAACUAAUACCCAUGGUCAAGUAGAUUUACAAUUACAAAAACCAGCUACUAGCGAUCCAACUUCUUGCUGUACCUAG